AUGGAAGGUUACUUUCUUCACAUAGCCAGUAAGCUCGAGGAACUUAGAGUAAGGCCUGGUACCGGGAAAUUCAACCUUUUGACCGAGUUGAAGAGUUGGGAUUUAUGGCGAGGAGUUAUAGCAGAGCUUAUAGCAACAGCGUUGUUCGUGUUAAUUGGAUCGAUGUCAGCAAUGGACAUUAAUCAAACGGACGAAGGAGAUAAAAAUGCAAAAUUUAUUCGGUGUAAAACAGGCACCAAAACAGAAUUCGAUGUCAUUGAGUUUGUCGGCGUUACGUCGCGGUCUUUGGCAAAUCACGCAAUAGAGAAAUUACAGUGUAAAUGUUCUAGGGAGUUCACCCCUUCAAGGCUACAUAACAACCUUGCCGUUACCACAAUCAACCCAGAACUUAAUGUUGGACAGGGACUUGGCUGUGAAAUCAUAUUUACUUUUAUUCUCGUAAUGUCUAUAAUGGGAUGUACGGAUAUGAACAGACCAUUGUUUGGAAGCCCGGCGAUUGGAAUCGGGUUCACCGUUGCGGUUGUCCAUUUAGCUGCGAUUCCAUUCACUGCAGCAAGUAUGAACCCUGCCAGGUCCCUAGGCUCAGCUGUCAUCUCCAAAAAUUUCACGGACCUUUGGGUAUACUGGGUUGGACCUAUUGCCGGUGGUAUAGUAGCCGCCGUAGUUUACAAGUUUGUUUUUAACCCCUAUCGCAAACAUGUGUCUUACAAAUGGGCGGCAAAAGAACUAAUGAACGAUACAGAAAUGAUUGUCAUCCCGAGGGACUACUUUUCUGCAGGACAGAAAACUGACAAAUCUAACGGCAAUGUCUUGGCAAAUAAUGUGGUUUCUUGUUCGCAUGAUUUGUAG